GGCCGAGGCGGGGCGCGUGUGGCCAGGAGGAGUCGCCGGGGGAGCCCCGACGCCGCAGCGCCUUUCUCCCGCUCGGGGGUCCGCCUUCGUCGCCUCCAGCUCCCGCGCCAUGGGCGCCUCAGGCUCGAGUUUGCUGGACGAGAGCAAGUGCGCCUACAUCCGAGGAAAGACAGAAGCCGUGAUCAAGAACUUCAGCCCGCAUUACAGACGCCAGUAUGCCGUGUCCUUUUGUAAGCAUGUCCAGAAUGAGCUAGAACAAAACAGAGACCUGCAGUCCCAGUUCUUAAAAACAAAGCCUCCUGCCGAAUCCAGUGUCAUCUUUUAUGAAGGAGAAGUGUUACAUUUUGCCGAAGACUUGAAGAAAUGGAAGGACAGAUACAUAGUGAUUAAAAACAACUAUGCCGUGGAGAGCUUUGAAAACAAAGAGGCUUUCCAGAAGGGCCUUAGCUCUAAAAGCUGCAUUUUUCCUGUUGGAGGCAAAGUACUGACAACAGAGAAGGAAUAUAACUCUCUAUCUGAUAAACAUUUUCCAGACCCUAAUGCUUCUAAUGAAAAGGAGAAUGCCCAGGCUUUUGUCAUCCUUCCAAAAGAAUUUCCUGUCUAUCUGUGGCAGCCUUUCCUCAGACAUAGUUAUUUCGGCUUUGCGGAUCCAGAGGCUCAAAAACAAUUCAGCGCAAUACUGAAUGAUUGCAUCAGACAUCUAAACCAUGAUUUUUUCAAGCAAGCCUCAUUUGAAGCACAAGCAUUUUUAGAAGCCAUCCAGUUUUUCCGUCAGGAGAAAGGCCAUUAUGGGACUUGGGAGAUGGUAACUGGCAAUGAAAUUCAGAUUCUCAGCAACCUUGUGAUGGAGGAGCUCUUGCCUAGCCUCCAGAACAUGCUGCUUCCAAAAAUGAAAGGAAAGAGGAAUGACAGAAAGAGGGCGUGGUUUGGGAUACUGGAAGACACCUACCGGUUGGUCCAAGAGCAGGUUUCAGAAGGAUUACAUACCCUGAAAGAGGAAUGCAGAGAAGUUACCAAGGGGCUUGAAGGAACUAUUCGUUCAGACAUGGAUCAAAUUGUGAACUCCAAGAAUUUUUUAGCUGGGAAAAUAAAAGAGAGUGUAGCUGACCCUGUCCAGAAAUGCUGUGGCGAGAGCAUCCAGCCUUUUCUAGCUUCCAUACUGGAGGAACUCAUGGGUCCAGUGAGUUCUGGAUUUAGUGAAGUCCGUCUGCUUUUUGAAAAAGAAGUCAAUGAGAUCAGCCAGAACUUCCAAGCAACCAAUGAUAAUGCAAAACUGGCAGAGAAUGUGGAUCUUCUGAUGAGCUUACCGUACAACUCUGUGAAAAUGGAGCCUUGCUACCUGAAAGUAAAUCUCCUGCAAGAAGAGCUCCAGGAUCUCAAGAGCCGCUUCAAAUUCUACCACAUGGACUUGAUUAUUCAGAGGACGCAAAACCUCAUGCAGGAGCUUAUGGAAAAUGCAGUAUAUACCUUUGAGCAACUGCUCAGCUUAAGCCAUCAAAAAGACAUGGCCAAAACGGCAACAGCCAUUGAAAAAGUCAAACUUCGUGUCCUAAAGCAAUAUGACUAUGACAGCAGCACUGUCCGGAAAAAGAUAUUUCAAGAUGCUUUGAUCCAAAUCUCUUUGCCUACACUGCAGCGGACAUUGGCCUCAACUUGCAAACCGGAACUUCAGAAAUACGAACAGUUCAUCUUUGCUGAUCAUACCAGUGUGAUACAAGUUGAAAAUGUCUAUGAAGAGAUUUUACUUGAAACUCUGUUUGCUGAUACCUUAAAAGUGAUAAAAGAGGCUGCCCACUUGAAGAAACACAACCUUUUUGAGGAAACAAGGCUUCCUUCUGAAAGUGUAUCCAGUUUGAGUGACCUCAAAACUCCUUCAGGAUCUGCUCAAGCUAGCCCAGCUAGGAAAGCAGCCGCCAACUUGACUGAGGUAUCACAUGCUGACAUUCAGAGUAAUGAAGUGUUCGUGCUAGAAAAAAUCACUCCGGAGGGUUGCAGUGAGGCUAAAAAGACUCUGGCCAGUGAAGAAGGAAUUUAUGCUAAUAUCUCUAGUAUUCCUGCAGGAGGAAGGGAAGAGGGGAUGAUUUCCGAUCUCAGUGGCAAGCAGGAGCUCCCCUGUGUGAUUCUGGCAGCUGUAGAGGAAACGAUAACUCCACAGCUUCCGGAAAUCCAAGAAACAAAUUCUGGUGGAGGCUCAAGAACAGAAAAUGAGGUACUAGGGGAGGAGAAAAAGCUACCUCCUCCAGAUAGCUUGAAUGAAAUAAGAAGCUUGCUGACAGUGGCAGUUGAACUGCCAGCAGAGGAUCCACCUAAGAACAAAGAAGAAAGUGUACAUGAAUGUGCAGUUUCAAUGGCACAGGAAAGCGUAGAAGAAAGGAACACAGAGGACAAAAUGAUUGCAGAUGAGUGUCAAACAUGCGAGUUGCAGGAGUCUCCCAAAGUGCAUUUUCUACCCACUGUCGAAGCAGGCAACAUAACCGCAACAAGCCUCUCUCUACCAACUGCUGACAAGUCAGAUUUUAUAAGUGUAAUAAGCAUCUCUGGAGAAGGAAACCACAGCGCUGAAGUAGAUUCCCCAGAUGUGCCUGAAGAACUGAAUGUUUGCCAAGCCUCAGAGGCCAAUUUAGAGACAACAACAAGCAUUUGGUAUACUGAUACAGAAAGUGGCAGUGCGGAUGACCAGUCACAAGCAAAGCAACAUGUGGAAGGUGGACAGUCUGACCAAAGGGAACUCGGUCUUUCCCCUGCACAUUUUAUCCCAGUGGAUGAGAAGCCACAAGUGGAACAACCUGUUGAGGAAAGACAAUCUGACCAGACUGAGCAGGGAUUUUGUUCCCUUCGUUGUGCCUCAGUGGAUGACAGUUCACAAAGAGGGCACCAAGCUGAAAGUGAAGAACCUGUACUCUCCCCUUUUCAUUCUAUCCCACCAGAAGUGGAGUCUCAGGAUUCCAUGAGCUGUUCUGUCAAAACACAAGAGUCUACUAUUUUGAAUAUUGCAGAUUUGAAAAUAGAGUCAACUGAUCUGCUGAUUUCUCCAGAAGUAAAAGAGAAUGAGGAUAACAAUGUGGAGAGCUCAACGAACACACCGUCCCAGUACUUCACCUUGGCUGAGGGGGAUGAUUCUACACAUGUAGGCAUGUCCUUGCCGAGUGCUGAAGUGGCAAAUUUGACGGAAGUCAAAGCAGGCACACAAGAAAGUGCUGGGGGUGAUUUUUCUGAAUCACAGUCUGAGAAAUAAAAAAAAGUGAUUUUGGAAAUACAAGGCCUAGAUUCUUACGCUCAAAGUCCCUUUAAAGUUAGAAUGGAGAGACUUAUUCAUACUCUGAAUUUCUAUUUCAGACCACUCCUAUUUUGAAUCUUUAGCUAUUUUGAUGAGAAUUUGUUUAAAUCUUCUCUGUGUCAUCAGCUACUGCUUCAUUUAUUCUAACAACUUGGAAUCAGGCCAUGGAAAAUUAGUCACAGUCACCAGAGAUCGAUGAUAAGUGUCACAAUUUUUUUUAAAGCCUUUGAAAUUCCUUUAACUAGACCUUUAAAUCUCUUAAAUAUUCACUGUGCAUAUUCACUGUGGCUUUAUAAAAUUCAGGACCCAUGCAUAUGGAUGAAGCUUGCAAUGAUGGAUCAGCACUAUUUUAGAGGAAGAGCUAAAAUUAACUGCAGUUAAAGGAGAAUAAAAUGUACAGUAUUUGCAUGGAGCAUGCUAAGAAGAAAAUGAGAGAACAUAGUCAAUGAAAGGGAAAUUUGCUUAUUGUGCAGCAUAAAUAUACAUACAAUUUUGACCUAUGGUAGCUGGAUGGUCACUUCUGCAUUUAAAAGCUUUGGCUGAUAUUUUGACAAUGGAGCAGUCUGAUCCUGCUCUCAUCCUCUUCUGUUGUUGCUUUAUUUGAAAUUGUCCGAAUAGUUGGAGCAGGUUUCUCUGUCUCAUUCCUCUGCACCUUUUGCAGAGCACUUUAUAGCUAUUUUUUCCAAGGGGAAUGAUAGACAUUUACAGUAACUCCUACCUAUUCCAGUUCUGCAGUUUCUUAGCCAGGACCGUUUUUUUAAAACAUAGAACUAUGCCAAGGCAACUCAAAUUCUGCACCAAGAAAAGCUGAAUUAUGCAAUCUGCAUAAAUUACGUAAAUUAACGGUAUUUGCAUGAUUUGUUUUGAUUCUUCUAGUCACAAGGAAGGGCGAAUGAGGAGCUGAGCUGGGCAUCAGAUCAUCCCAUUGCUUUUGCACUUACUGAUCAUAACACUGAAAGCCAUAAGCAGAGUUACUUUAUAAUGAGCAAUCAGGUUGAAUAUUUUCUGCAGAUUUCCCCUAAUAUCUCUGUAAGGAGAAAGACUACAGACUUACCUUUUAAACAUGCAAGCUGAAAAUUAAUGGAAAGGGCUCUGGAAUGUCCAUGCGAGUGGGUAGGUUUUCACAGCCCCCCGCGCCUGUAUAGUCCUGCCAUCCAGCCUCCUUCACAAGCUAUAAUUUUACAGCAGUCCUCCGGAAAAGCGUAAGGUGGAUGGUAUGGCCAGAUAUAUCAAGGUACCAGUGUACCAAAUCUGAAUUAUAAAUAAUAUAUUUUAACACAAUUGCUGUAGAGAUCCAAAAGAAGAGAUAACACCUGACAAUUUAUCCAUUAAGUCUUACAGCAUCUAGCUAUAGGAAACGUUGCUAUAUGACAAUGCUAUUUAUACAAUUUGUAACAAUACUAACUGAAUUAAUGUUGACCCUGUCCCUAGCAUAGACACAAAUUUAAGUAUACAUUUAUCUUAACAUAUGGAUGCCCCACUUCAGGGGUGGUUACCACUAAUAUACAUAGGCAGUGAUAGUCUCUCUACAGAAGGGCAGUUUAAAAAGGUAGAGCUUUCAUCUUUGCCUCCCCAAAGACUCUGUCAAUUUCACCUCCCUUUUGGGGAGGCAAAGAUGAAAUUAACAUUGCUCUGAGGAGCAAUCUCCACUGGCUCCAUCUUUUUAAACUACCCUAGUGUAGAGAGGUGAAAUUCACAGAGCUUUUGGCUGUCUUAAACUACACUUCUCAGCUAACGUGUCUCCCUACACUUGAAUGUCCCGUGUAAGAUGCCUUGUGUAGAGAGACUCUUAAGUGUGGCAUCCCUAGAAAAGAGGAGCAGAAGGAAUCAGCUGUGGCAAGAAUUUGGCCCACACAGCCUGUUUCAGAAGCUGCAUUGUUUUCUGUUCCUAGUCCAGAAGGCUAGAGGCAAAAUCACACCAAGGGAUGAGAGACUGCUAAUGUAUUUGAAUGGCACUGUCUUGUACUUUGGACCUGAUUUGUGAAGCACUUACCAAAAAUGGUGGGCAUAAUUUCAUUAAUUAUAUCAGAAAGCUCAGAGAUAGGACCUGAUGGGUAGUUUUAGGUGGGAAGAUGGGAGCUGACUCUCGAAAGCUUCCACCCUGAAAAUCUUGUCUUGGAUGCCGCUGGAUUCAAAUCCAGGCCCUGAUGGGAUUAGCUGUGAAUAAUAUCUCGGUUUAGUGGGUAGCGGGCAGGAGUAAGACGGAAGCUCAUCUAUUAUAAUAGUUCAGUGUGUCUUCAGUGAUCCAUUUGCUUGAAAAUGUAGCACAUAGCAUCUAGGAAUAAUAGUUUAGGAUUGGAUUUUGGGAUAAGUUUAUACACACACGGCCAGGGGUGGGGGUGAGGGGACCAUAAUGCAUCAUAAGCCAUAGAGCUGGAGCUAAUUUGUGUGUUCGAAUUGCAUGUAAUGCUUUGCAUCUCAUUCUGCUGUGCAUCGCAGAAACCAAUAUGGGGACAAUUGGGUGGGAAGCAAAAAGAAUUAGGAUUGGAAUGGUGGCAUAUCACCACCAAACUAUGUGGAGAAUGGAAAUGGAGGUGGUGGCGAUUAUCAUCUCUAUUGCCACUAAACGUCCAGGUUAGAGCAGGGUGUAUGCAUUUGAUCAAUUACUGUUUCAUUAUUUAACCUUAUUUUCUAC